GAUAGCGCCAGAACAAAACAGGCUCCCUUAGGAGAACAUCCUCUGUAUCCUCAGUGGCAUCUACAAGUGCUGACUCAGUAGCAUCAUCCACCUAUAGACAACCAUUCCCUCGCAGGAAAAUUAAAAUUGAAUAUGGCAACGGAGGUAGCAAUAUAUAUAAGAGACGGAACUUCAAACCAAAAAACAGAAACCAGGACUGAACAGAAGGCAUUACAACCCUUGGUAGACCUAAUGGACGAACAAGAACCACAGACUAAAGGUGCGCUAAUUUUCCCAAGAGCGAUAAUGAGAGUAAGAAGAGAGGAAGACUCCCCAUCUAUAGAGAAGGAAACACCUCACGCUGGUUUUAAAGAAGAUCACUCCAUCGUGAAUCAUGAGCACAAUCUUGGUAACAAUGAGGCCGAUUCCCCUGAUAUGAUAAUCCAAUCUGCUGGGAACCUUUAUCCUGUGACAGAACAAGAGGAAGACUUAUACUCAUCAUUAUCAGAUGACCUGAGUGAGCUAAGUGUUCUAUGUGAUAUGGAGUUCUCACAUGAUUACAGAACAUUUUUUGAGAAACACCUAAAGACUUUGCCCAGUGUUGGCCCUCCUUCUGUCCUGGCCUACAAAAGAGAAUCCUCCGAAAACCACCGACUACUGGCAAUGAUGAAGAUCCUAAGGGAGCAGUCUGAAAAAGAACUAUGUGAAUUCUGUGGAAAAACACUGAAGCCAUUUCCUCUAGAACACACCAUAGAUAAAGAAUUUUCUAAUGAGAUUUUUUGCUGCAGGCAGUUUAGAAACAUGUUUCGGUAUCUAUUCAAAGAAGAUGAGCGGCUGUUUCACAAAGACAAAAUUGAGUUAAUUUCGGUUGCACCUCAUGGACCUUAUGGAAGUGAAGUUGAGAGACAAAAAGCAAAGGAAAAAACUGCACAGAGGCUAAGAGAAAGACAUAUGGCCAAAGUGUUUGAAUCAAUAGUGGCAGAGCCAACAAUUGUUAAUGAAUAUGGAAGGCCAAUGAAAACCAUUUCCUACCAACUAUCCAGUGCCCCUCCUGUAGGGGACAGCUGGACAAUUCCUCCAGACAAUGAAGAUGCAAAAUCUGAUGCAGAUUCGAUUGAUCAAGAGCCAGUCGUAUAUGACUUUUCUAAUGAUACGAUGAUGCUAGAGAGAUUUGUUGAAAAAUACUACAGCACAGGAAGGAAAUUCCUUACAAUUUUUCCAGAUGGAACUGCACAGAUAUUCUAUCCAUCGGGUAACCUGGCCAUUAUUAUUAUUCCAAGUAAAAUAAAAGAUUCCAUCUGCAUUGUUCAAGAAGACAAAGAUCACAGCGCAGACAUCCUAGCAGUAUUUGGAUCUUCUGGGAAGGCAACUUGCUAUCACUCAAACAGGAAUAUAUGGAUAAAUGUGAAUCCUGUGGGAGGACAGUACUCGGACGGCGCUGGCAGGAGAGUGCGCCGAUGGCAGUGGAGGAACCCUGACAUUGUCAAGCCUUGCGCUCCUUUCAAACCAAUCUUUUUAGCCCUGAAUUAUCAAGUGGGCGUCCGAAUAUUUGGACAGGACCAGAUGUAUGUGACGUUUUUAGCAAUGGGGAAACAAGCAAAAUUCAGCGUUGGAGCAAAAAAAUUGACAUCACAGGUGGAUGAAAGAGAUGGCAAUCUGUUAAAGGAAUCUGCAGAAGAUGAAUUAAUGCUGCUCGCCAUCAAGAUCAAGUUCCUGAGCUUGCUGAAUAAAUGUCAUGAAUGCCUGAAUUUCCCAUCCAGAAAGCAGUGGGACAAUGUCAAGCCUCCAUCUUUUCUGGUUGCACAGGCACAGAAGCUUAUCUACCUCUGUAGUGUUUGUGACAUUAACAAGGAUGUCUGGUCCUCAAUCCAGAAUAUUUUAAGCGGUUAUGUACCCUGUGACCUAUCCAGUUAAAAAUAGUAUUUUACAUUCAAGUCACGUGCUGGAUUUCUAACAUAAGUCAUAAAAUAUACUAUUGUACUUGUGCUUCCUUUGCUUACAUGACAGUACAGAAAUUCUAAUCAUUCACUUAGCUACCUAUGCUUUCUGCUCCCCGCCACUUCAUUUCUGCCUUGUUACAAAAGUACACUUUCCAAGAUGAAAGGGGGAGGGUACUAUAUAGGCAUCAUCCCAUGCGGGUGAAACCAUGCGAUCUCCAAUAGCCACGUCAUUUUGUGGGUGUUACAGUGACAUUGUGUGGCUAUUGGACAUUGCAUAAGGAUGAAACAAUGAUUAUGAUAUGGUACUCACCCCUGCUCAUUUUGGAAGAUAUACUUCCGAGACAAAUGCAGGGCAGAAGUAGAGUGUUGACCUUUCUACUCGACAGACUUACAAAUAUGUUUUUACAAGGCAAAAAGGAAUUUGUAGUACACAACGAAAACUCAUGCAGACCUGAGAAGGUACAUACUCUGUGUAGAUAUUUGAAAUCAGGACCUGGCUAUAUUUUACACAGUGCUGGUUAGUGGCACUAACCACUGAGCGAGUUUCUUCAGUAUAUAAGCUAAAAAGCCUAAUUGUACUGCUAUAAUACUGGACCUUGUUGACAGGUACAGUAUCUGACAUGAGUGAGUCCACCCUUCACAUUUUUGUAAGUAUGGUUAGGGUUAUAUGUUUUCAUGUGGCAACACUGAAGAAAAUUACACUCUACAAUGUAAAGUAGUAGUACACAGCCUGUAUAAGUGUUGAAUGUGUCCCCUCAAAAUAACUCAACACACAGACAUUAAAGAGUACCUAUCACCAAAUAAACUUUUCUGAACUAACUCAGGCUAUGUUCCCUAACUACUCCUAACACCCCUCCUACCCUUAAAAAAAAUCAGAGCUUUAAAAAGCUCUGUAUCUUACCGUUCUUCUUGCUCACAUAGUGCAAUCUCCCAGCAGGAGAAAGUGGGCUUCCCAGCAGGUAUGACAUCACUGAAGCCUGCUGGGGGAACACUUCCACCCUCACAUGGUUGCAGUGCUGUGAGACCUCAGGCUCUGUGCACCUCUCAGUAAGGCUUUGUGCAGCUUUCAGUCUGUGUAGCUCUCAGUAAGGCUUUGUGCAGCUUUCAGUCUGCAGCUUUCAGUGAGGCUCUGUGCAGCUUUCAGUGAGGCUCUGUGCAGCUGUCAAUCAAGCUCAGUGCAGCCAGAAGCACUUCCGGAGUUUGGUCUCCUGCCAGGCCAGGAGAAGACCAAACUCACUGUAUUAAUUGUGGGCAGGGAACAGAACAGAGCC